CACGUACCUACAGUGCCAUGAUGAAUAGAUAAAGCCAGGAGAUCUGGUUGGCUGCGGACCAUGGAGAUCUUGCCCGUCUUGCUGACGUCGCUGCUCAUGUUGAGGCCAGGGGAUAAGAAGUGGAGGCGCCUCAGUAGAGCCAGAUCUCGGCAAAUCGCUCAUUGGCUUCGGCCUUCGACGAGAAGCCGCCCAGAAGCUGCAGAGCAACACCAUCACAGAACUUGAUGAAUCGACUCGGUAGACAAGGAGUAUGGCACGUAAUGCAUCACGAUGGCUUCUGAUGUCCUGCUUUUGUCCGUUUCUUUGUUGUGCAGGAAAGAUGUCAUCUCGGCUGUUGUUAGGCCUCUCAGCAGCGACGUGCGUGCAGCGACGCUGGUGCUCGCACUGGACAAGCUGGUGCCGGUUACAUUUCAUCCCUCCUUCGAUGAGCUGAUUCGUGUCGGUGGUCUUCGCCCCAUCGUUGCACUGCUCGGCCACACGGCCCCUCAGGUCGCCAAGGCGGCACUCAGUCCCCUCUUUCCAUACACAGGUAGGCGGCCUCCCAGUCUUGCGCUGCGCGUCCACCAUCGUUGUGUCGUGUGUGUGUGUGUGUGUGUGCGUGACAGUGUUGUUCGACUCAGCUCUCGUCCCAGAGGAGAAGCGGGCGGGCGUGAUCAAGCAACUUGUCGACGAGGGGCAGCUCCUCCGCUCUCUCACAACGCUGCUGGCAACGAUGCGCCAGAAUGCCCCCGACGAGAACUGGCAGCGCGACGUGAAAGAUGCCCUUCAUGCCAUCGGGGACUGUAUCACAGGUGCGCGCCGAGCAACUACUGAUUGCUUUUUCUGCAUCGCCUUCUCUCAUACCUUUCGCAGCGGGCGGCGCCAUGGUCAUUGAGAAGAUCGUCGCUGCGAAUUUGGUGCCUCAGCUGAGGGCUCUCGACAGGAGGAUCGCACGGGACACAAGCAUGGACAAACCGGCGGUCAACGAACUUCAUGUCUUACUCGGGUGGACGUCCCGAUCGUUGCUGGACACUCUGAUUGACGGCGACAACACCGUUGCCAACGCUACCCAGGUCGGCGAGGCGGCUUGCACAACCGGCCCCAGGACGCCGCAGACGACCUCGCGUCGUGUGUGUCCUUGCAGCUGUUGUACAUGGUGGAGCAGGGCUGCAUACAGAGCGUAUAUCGCGCGCUCGACGCCAUGGAUUCCUCAUCUGUUGAUUCUUCUUUGCUGACCUUCGCGAGGCUGCUGUACGUAGGCCGCAGACGACAGAAGAGUGGCAUAUUGCAUGGUUUGUGUGGUGCAGGAUGGUGGACGCGACGAGCAAGGUGGGCCAAGCCAUCAUACAGCGGAUGAACAAGGUCGGUUCGAAGAAUAGAGAAGCGCCGAUGCACUAGAGCCACCGUGUGUGGGUGCAUCGCAGGACGGGUUCGAAGUCGCCAUCAGAAGAGUCGCUGACCAACGGUUACCAGACGAGGACAUCCAGCAGCAUGUACCCAGCAGCUCACGGCACAUCCUACGGGACAACUCACUCAGUCACCUGCUUUCAUUUCCGUUCCAGGCCGACGUCGUCCUCGCUCUCAGGGAGCUGAGAGCCGACCCCACCCUGUCCGAUACCCUUUCGGCCAUGUCAGCCCACUUCACGAACUUAGUCGAGUGCCGUGGACAGCACGCUGACGCCGCGGGAGAUGACCUGGCUGCUGUCAAGGAGAUCCGCUCAAGCGUCAAGAACAACAAGGGCUGCGUCCAAGCUUGCCGAGCUGCGCGACGUGAAAGAACUCUUGCUUGACUUCAAGCGACCGGGCUUGCAGCUGGAGGCCACACGAGCACUGCUGGACGUGGCAUAUACCGGCAUUGAUGGGGUGCGCGCACUCUUACGGUAAGGAUCCGAACAGACAGAUGAGUGGGUCGAUGACGCACAUCUGAGAUGUCGUUCGUUCACAGGAUAGAUGUGAUACCCGGACUGGCCGCUUUCCUGAAGCGCACCAUCGGCGCGUCGCGGGAGUUACAGGAGUCGCAAGUUGACGCCAUCGUGCCUGCCCUCGAGACGGUGCUGUUCAUCUUCGACGUUACGGAGCAUCACGAUUGCUUCGAUGAACUCCUGAGUCAUGGCGUCGUGCCGCUGCUGGUGCAGGCGCUCAAAUGCAGGGAGAGGGUCAGAGUGAAAGAGGCCACGAACGCCAUGGGGGCGAUAGCCAAUAUCCUAAGGAGCACCUCAGGUCAGCCGCAGAGCACAGGCACACAGGCACAGCGCAACGCUCGUCCACGGACGGCGCAUCGCAUCCAUCUGUCUCCUGGCAGCCAAUGCGGAUGAUCUGCGGGAGGUGCAGCUGCAGCUGCAGCUGCGGGAGAGCGAUUUCCUCACCGAAUGCGAGAGGAUCCUGUCGCUUCCGUUUACUCAUGGUUGCGUGCUGUACCGUAACGCCUUGUCAGCUUUCCACGCCUUCCUCGUCUCUUUCAGCCGUGCUGGCCUGAGCGCUCGAGGUCAGACAGACAGAGGGACAAAGAGACAGACAGACAGACAAAUAGACCGCCUGUGCUUACACCUAUAUCUGUGGCCAUGUGCUCAGAGCGUGAUGAGUAUAUCCAGGAGAUGUUUGAUGCCGACGUUGUCCAUCACAUCAUGCGCUUCGUCGAUGUUCCUCCUGAUUACAGAGCUCAUCCGUGUUACUUUGACGACGUUUACACCACCAAGAUCUUUCUGGAAGUAGCAACCGAAGCGACUAGCAAACAGGUGCCACCAGUAGACAGAGCUGAGAGAUGGCCCAUGGAUGGAUGUAUGUCGCGUGUGUGUCAUAUAUGCAGCUCUCCAUCUUUGUAGGUCACGGUGUUCUCCCGCUCAUGUGUCGCAGCUUGAGCUCGGCCUCAGUUUCCAUCCUUGGCUACACUUUCGAAACGCUCUUUCGGUCGGCGACAAAUACUCGGAUCAAGCAGCUUGUGGGAGAGGUUAGGGAGAGCCAGUCUUGGAUACGCGACCACUGGCUACGGUGCUCAUUCAUCGAUGGGCAUAUUUCAGGAGGGCUGCGUGGGAGAGAUGGUGAAGUACGCACUUGGUAACGACUCUGCUAUCAGUGAAAUGGUGCGAAUUCACGCGCGGACGGCACACACAAAUGCGCAUUCAUUCAUGUGUAUCGAUCUUGUGUUGGUGUGGUGUGGUGUAUCCAGUACGCAUCACUGCUGAGCACCAUGUCCAUCGAUCGGGCCACGUGGCACCUCUACCUGCAAACCAACAGGUGGGCGGUCACCCAGAAGCACGUGUGUCCUGCACUGUGUGGAUGCUCGCAUCAAUCCAGCAGCUCUGAGAACCGGACUGCCGAGCAGACUUCGUCGUCCGACAUGGGUUCGUGCAACUUGACCGCGCCCUCGCUAUCCACCGUACGUUGAAAUGAAAUAGACCCGUCAUGACUGGCUCCCAUUCAUCCCCUCUCUGUCGUGUCUUUGAUUGACGUGUGCAUGCAGGCCGAGGACAGCAGCGGCACCGAUGCAUGGGCAAGAAUGAGAUCGUCAGUAUUCCACAAGAGCGGCUCCAUUCGCUUUCCCAACGCCGCCGGAUGGGAGGCAGUGACUUCACUGACUUUCACUGACUUUGUGGAGGAGAGCAUGGACGCGACGCCGUCGGCGACACAGUCUGAACUGCCGCCAGAGCCGGCCCCGACAGUGAGGCAGGAACUGGAUGCAUGGAGGACUCACUCACAGGUAUUGUGGAUGGAUGGAGGGAUGCACACGGGGGGAUGGCGCUGAUCAUUUUACAUUUUUCAGGGAUUCUUUCUCGCCUUGGUGUGCGUCGUGGUCGUGCUAUUGAUCCUCUACAAGACCGGCCCUCCUGCCCUGAGAUUCUUCCAGUCGUGGCGCGCUGACGCAAAGGCAAUGCGGCUGCGAGCAAUGGAGGAAGAAGCGCGGCGGAACGAAGAGGAGCUCGUCGCUGAGGAGGCAGCCGAGCGGGCAAGGACCCCCACUGCCGGCAGCAAGCAGCGUCAGAGAUCUGAAAGGCGUCCCACCACCCCUUCCCAUCAAACAGCUCAAGCAUCACCCAAUGCUUCAGAAUCGGCCGUCGCUGCCGCCAUGCCGACCGAAGGCAACGACAGAGACGAUCAAGGCGACCACGCAGAGGCCAGGGGCAUGGCGGAUGAGACGAGGCUUGAUGAGGAGGCGACACAUGAGGCGCUCGCCACUGCACGAUUGGUGUCGCAAGGUCGCAAGAAGAAGGGCAAGAAGAAGGCAUCGGCGAAGGCCGAGCCGUCGGCCUCAUCGGCAUCCCGGCAGGAGGCGGUCUCUGCGUCGUCAAGCUCUGCGUCACCGGCCUGCCCACUUGAUGAUAGUACUUCUGGUGGGCCUGACGGCAGUGGGGGUGAUGCUCACGUACGCAAGGAGGGAGCGACGUUCACCGACGAUAUCAGUGCUGGCAAACAUGUCAGCCGCGACAUCACCAGGACCACAUCUCUAUCCGCCACGUCACUAUCUGCUUCGUCUGCUAGCGACACGCCCUGUCCACCUGAGCCCGCGGACCCCUCACACGAAGAUCAACAUGACAAGAAGGAUGCAGCAGAGGAGGAGCCGCUUGCCCCACUGCGUCUGGUGCAGGAGCAUGCGCCCACUCCCCGGCCACAGCCCCCUGCCGCUCGCCCUGCGUCUCCGACACUCCGUCCCUCCCAGCCGCCCCCAGCGUCUAUGCCAUCUCUCCCUCCUCCCCCUCUCCCUUCAUCCAAGCCAUCACCCUCACGCCAUCACAAAGACGAAGCCCCCAAGGAGAGCGGGCCCACCACCACCACCACCUUCAAGGCGCCGCAGGCACAGACAAGGCGACGGCACCCGGGGGCCUGUCUACCCUUCUCUCAGCCCACCAAUGCCAUCACCCCGUCCACCCCCGUCCCACCACAGCGGCCAAUCGCCCAAGCAGCAGCCAGUGGUGCAGCAUUCGGUACGCAUGAUUCCAGUUGGGUCGAGAUGGAAGCUGCGUGGACAGAGUGGGAGAGGGGGCCAUCGGGGGGACGGCAGGGGGGUGGUGGCGAGGACAUAGGCGCUGUGACUAGGAGGGCUGCCGAGGAGCAGGCUGCCAAGGUGGUCGCACAGCUGCAGAGCGAUGUGAGGGACGCCAUAGCGAACAAACAACGGUGAGAGCAAGAAAGGAGGGCACACGGACCUUCAUCGUGUCGACGCGUGUAUGUCAUGUGUGCAGUCUCGAGUCGCAGAACGCUGCCCUGUUGCAGCAUUGCUGUAGUCUGUAGGAGCGAACCAAGCAGCUGAGCGAGGCCAUCGACACACUGAAGAGCAGCGUGCCCCCCGAGUACGUUAUCAGCACAGACAGACGGGAGAAUGAAGCCGUUAGUCAUUCUGUGUGCGUGUCCUGUUGUCGGUCAGGUUGACUCGUGACGCCUUAUUUGCGUCGAAGACAUCGGCUGAGGUGCGUGCCUUUGAGACACGCAUCAGGGAGGAGGACCAGCGGCUCGACACGCUGUAUGAUAUGGCCAUGGGGGCCAAGGCACUACCACGAGGGCAGCCCCGCCCCCUCUCUGACAACUCCCUCCUCAACCAAGACGCCACUGCAUUCUCCUUGACACAGCCUCCUGCUGCUGCUGCUGGGUGAGGGGAAAUGGAGGCAGAAUGGGCAGUCGUCGUGUGCAUGUUGUCCUGCCCUGUGUGUGUCCGGCAGGUCGUCGUCCGAUCGCUCGCAGGAGGCGCUGCCGUCAACAGAGACGGAGCUGCGCCAGAUGCACUACAAACUGAAUAUCGCCAUACGAGAGUGAGUGAGCCAACUCAGCUAUGCUGAUCUGGCCAGCAUGACGCAGCACUUCAUUGGUGCCUGUAUAUGCUGGAUGUGAUGUGCAGGUUGGAGGAGGCCAUCACGACGGUGACCGUGGAAUGUAGGUCGCUUCAGACGGUGCUACAAUCUCUUCAGCGCGAGUACGCUGUCAUGCGAAACCAAGUCACCACUGGGUGGGUGACCGACAGUCACAUUCACGCAUCCAUACGAUGCACAAACACGUCUUGCCGGUUGUUGUCAGGUUGACAGUGGAUCGUCUGCAUUCCCUAAAGACGGCUGCCGCCAUCGAGGCCUUCAAGCAGGACAUCAAGCACGCACGAGAGGCGCUCCGUGAUCUCUCCCGCGAAGUCGGCAAACGGGAGGCGCUGCUCGAGGGGGACGAGAAGGAUACGCAUUCCCAGCCACAACAGCACCAGCACCUGGUCCAGCAACAGCAGCAGCAGCAGCCAUCGGCCAAUGACAAUGGUGAUGCAGCCGUCGAGAGGGGGAGUUGUGUGGCGUGCCGUGACGACAAAAAGCCGCCCGUGAUCACAUUCGUACGGCAUAAUCACACACGCACGCAGUCCUGCAUCGUACAGAUAUGUGUCUUCUGUCUGCGUGUUGAAUGCAGUUUCCGUGCAAGCAGACGUGUCUGUGUGAGGAGUGUUGGCAGGAGUGGCGCGACAGACAUGAGAGGGCCAAGGCGGAUAAGGAGCGGCUGGAGGCGGCGGGCAGGCCGGUGCCUGAGGAGGUGCGUCGGUAUGCGGUGCUUCGGUGCCCCGCCUGUGGCAUGGAUGCCGUCCAUGCCGACUCGCUGAGUGAUGUCAGAGUUACCACAGACUAAUGCGGGACAGGAAGGGUUAAAGGAUGAGUAGAUGCACGGAUCGGUGCAUGUAGUGAGCAUUUCUUAGUCGAAUGAUGAUGAUUAGUAUGCCAAUUCGGUCGCCUGCCGGUUUCUGGGCAUGUGUCCAUGUGUACAUAUGGGUGUGUGUCCUGCGGGUUUAUUGCGCGUGUCGUGUGAUCAUCAAGACGUACGUAUCCCAUAGUUGAAUCCAAUACGCUGUACAUGG